UCCGUGAGCCGGGUCCGCGCUGGUGCCAUCUCUCCAAAACCGAAAGUCCGCAGUAAAAAGGCGCACAGGUAGUGAGUCUCGGUCGCUGUAUCCGCCAUGGCAGAAGCCCACCAGGCUGUGGCCUUUCAGUUCACCGUCGGUCCCGAUGGCAUCGACCUGCAGUUAAGCCACGAGGCGCUGCGUCAGAUCUACCUGUCGGGACUUCACUCCUGGAAAAAACGCUUCAUUCGCUUCAAGAAUGGGGUGAUGACAGGUGUGUAUCCAGGAAGUCCCGGUGGAUUUAUGGUGGUCGUUGUGUCCUACAUGUCGUAUAACAGAUAUUAUCAGCUGGACCCCUCACGAGGAAUCAUGACAAAACUUGGUGAAUACUUACCCCUAAGUCGAUACAUGUCUUCAGACAGUCAGAAGAUCGUUGGAGGAGUUCUGGUGGGCACGGGGCUGUGGGUCUCUAUUAUCAUGGUCAUGAGGAACGUGCUGAAGUGUCUGCUGUCCUGGCACGGCUGGAUGUCACAAAGACAUGGCUCUGUGUCCUAUGGUACACACCUGUGGAUGUUAUUAGUGAAGAUUUUCUCUGGCCGGAAGCCAAUGCUUUACAGUUUCCAGAACUCUCUGCCAAGACUACCAGUUCCUGCCGUUAAGGACACCUGUAGAAGGUACUUAGAGUCUGUGCGCCCCCUGAUGGAGGAUGAGCAGUUUGAGAGGAUGAAGGGUUUGGCCAAAGACUUUGAGAAGAAUCUGGGGCCCAGGCUGCAGUGGUAUCUGAAACUCAAGUCCUGGUGGGCAUCAAACUAUGUCAGUGACUGGUGGGAGGAGUACAUUUACCUCAGAGGCCGCAGUCCCAUCAUGGUCAACAGUAACUACUAUGCCAUGGACUUUCUUUAUGUUUUCCCAACAUCAAUCCAAGCAGCAAGAGCCGGUAAUGCAAUUCAUGCGAUCAUGCUCUACAGAAGGAAACUGGACCGAGCCCAGAUCAAACCAAUUUACUUGCUGGCAAACAAGGUUCCACUGUGUUCGGCUCAGUGGGAACGGAUGUUUAAUACCACACGUUCCCCCGGUGUGGAGACGGACAUACUGAUGCACGUGAAUGACACCAAACACAUCGUCGUUUACCACAAGGGACGUUUCUUCAAGGUGGGGAUGUUUUAUGACGGACGCCUGCUGUUGCCACGAGAGAUCGAGCAGCAGAUGGAGAGGAUCUUGGCCGACACGUCCGAGCCAUCGCCAGGGGAGGCCAAACUCGCUGCUCUGACUGCGGGCGACAGGACGCCCUGGGCUAAAGCUCGUGAGACCUACUUUAAUCGUGGAAAGAACAAACAGGCAUUGGACACGAUUGAGAAAGCUGCCUUCUUUGUGACUCUUGAUGACUCUGAGCAGCGUUAUGAUGAAAAGAACCCAGUUCGAUCUCUGGACAAAUACGCCAAGUCCCUGCUUCAUGGAGAGUGCUACGACAGGUGGUUUGAUAAAUCCUUCAACUUGAUUAUCUUUAAAAAUGGCACGAUGGGAUUGAAUGCGGAACAUUCUUGGGCUGAUGCUCCGAUUAUCGGUCACCUCUGGGAGCACGUUCUUUCCAUGGAUCCUGUUAAGUUGGGAUAUACUGAAGAAGGUCACUGCAAUGGCGAGCCCCAUCCAAACGUGCCAGGUCCCCAGCGACUGCAGUGGGACAUUACCCCGGAGUGUGAGGAGGUCAUCGAGAGCUCUUUAACAGUAGCCAAGAAUCUGGCCAAUGACGUGGACUGUCACAUCAUCCCCUUCAGCACCUUUGGAAAAGGCCUGAUAAAGAAGUGCCGCACCAGUCCUGAUGCCUUCAUACAGAUCGCUCUGCAGCUGGCCCAUUACAGAGACAAGGGGAAGUUCUGCCUGACCUAUGAAGCCUCAAUGACACGUCUGUUCCGUGAAGGACGAACAGAAACUGUGCGCUCCUGCACGAUGGAGACCUGUGCCUUUGUCCGGUCCAUGAUUAGAGAUGAAACUAGAGAGGAGCGUAUGAAGUUGCUCAAAGUGGCAGCAGAGAAGCACCAAGACAUGUACCGUUUGGCGAUGACGGGACAAGGCAUUGACCGUCACCUGUUCUGUCUCUAUGUGGUGUCCAAAUACUUGGGAGAGGACUCUGCUUUCCUCAAAGAGGUCCUCUCUGAGCCGUGGAGGUUGUCCACCAGUCAGACGCCUCUCCAGCAGAUGGAGCUGUUUGACCUGAUCAAACAUCCAGAGUACGUCACCUCAGGGGGAGGAUUUGGACCUGUGGCAGAUGAUGGAUAUGGUGUUUCCUACAUCAUUCUUGGGGAGAAUCUCAUCAACUUCCACAUCUCCAGCAAACACUCCAGCCCUGAGACGGACUCUCACCGCUUUGGAGGCCACAUUAAACAGGCCAUGAUGGACAUUUUGGAUCUGUUUCAGCUCGAUAAGAAAGGCAUAAAGUGAAGCCCUUUUGCCAUGAACAGACUGUGUUAUAAAUAUAUUUGUACAGGUUUGAAAUUUGGGAAUAUUUCAAGUUAAUUGUUGUAAGAGAAAUAAGGAAAUCUGGA